AUGGCCGGCGAGGAAAGGUCUGGAUACUCCAUUAGCACGGAUGCUGAAUCGGCCAGCGUCGAUUUGAAGCCCUCCUUCGCUUCUGUAAAGAAGGAAAGAUCUUACUCGCAAGUCGAUACACGGCAGAAAAAGGGCUGUAUUCCCUUGUUUUUCGAACGUGCUUCUUCACGGUGGUGGAAGCCCUCUUUCGAUUCGAAAAUCUUGGAAGAAGAAUUCCAACGUUUUACCGCUCACAACCAAAGGCGUCUAAUUCACGCUUUGAUGUUCAUUUGCCUCGUGUGCGUCACUUGGGGGAUAUUUUUUGCGGUUUUGUAUUUUGGAGAUAUUACUAAAGCCUCGACAGAUAAAGAAGAACUAAAGAUUUUGAUUAUUGGUGAUGCUUGUUUUCUCGUGUUGGUCAUCGCGCUUAUGCUGUUUACAAAAUUCAGCAGAAUGUACAAGAAAUGUGCCUCCUUGGUUUCGCUGCUCGCUUCUGUGUUAUUAAUCGCCAUGGAACUUUCGCUUUUCGCUUUUCCAACAACUCUGAAGAACCCAGCUCGGUUUUGUAUGUGUACAUGCGCGAUCAUGUUGAUUUAUACGAUGAUCCAUUCUCAUCAUUUAUAUAUCUGUAUUAUGAUGACAGUGGCUUUUUCUGUAGCUCAUGAAGUCCUUUCCGACGUGGUCAUCGAUCGCGAGACCGAGUCCAAGCCCAAGGAAAUCAUCUGUCGCCUGGCCCUCCAUAUGUGUAUUCAUCUUUUUGGGAUACAGAUCUUUUUCAUGGCUCAAGUUCGCGAACGUAGCACUUUCUGGAAGGUUGGCCAAUGCGUGGUCGCGCGUCAGGAGUUGGAAGUGGAAAAACAAAUGAAAGAACAGAUGAUUCGAUCCGUCAUGCCCAACCUCGUCGCGGAGAAACUACUCAGCUUGGACGAAGAAACGGGAGAAGAUACUAAAGACAACUCCAACGGUAAAAGGAAGCGGCCAAAGAAAGGCCAGAUGGUUUUCCGGCCUUUUCAGAUGCAUCGUAUGGAAAACGUAAGCAUUCUUUUCGCCGAUAUUGUCGGGUUUACAAAUAUGUCUUCCAACAAGUCUGCGGAGCAGUUAGUGAGGCUUUUGAACGAUCUCUUUGGACGAUUUGAUCGCCUCACGGAAGUCAAUAAUUGUGAGAAAAUCAGCACUCUUGGGGAUUGUUAUUACUGUGUUGCAGGUUGCCCAGAAGCAACAGCCCAUCACGCCUUCAACUGUGUAGAGAUGGGUCUAGACAUGCUGGAGCAAAUCAAAGAGUUUGAUGCAGACACCAAAAAUGAAGUUGACAUGCGAGUUGGUGUCCAUACAGGAACUGUCCUCUGUGGUAUUGUUGGUACGUUGCGCUUCAAGUUUGAUGUCUGGUCCAAUGAUGUAAAUUUAGCAAAUCGCAUGGAAACGGCCGGCUUGCCUGGCCGUGUCCACAUAACUGAGACGACAUUAAAGUUUCUUGCAGGCCACUACAUUGUUGAGGAUGGGCAUGGCAGCUCACGUUACCAAGGGUUAGAAGGCAUUAAGACAUACUUUAUCGUAGGUCGAAAAAAUGGCAUGAAGAAACCCAUGAAUCUUCUUCAUCCUAGUGGGCGUAAAAAGAAGACAGCAAACCUGAACUCGAUCCACGUCAAUAUGAAUAAGACACAUCACAGUAGCCCCCGAGGAAAUAAGAAACAUGUUAAGAUUUCAGAACAAGUGACAUCAUCCUAUGCAAUUGUUAACUCUGACUCCAACAUUUCAAGUCAAGGUGAAUCAAGUUCUGACAGUGGUCCCAAGAUACUCAAGGGUAACCUUAAAAACAAACAAGAUGUCAUUGAAAUGGAAUAUUAUAGUUGUUCUGGAGCCUCGGUGAGAUCUGAUGAUGAUGAGGAGGAGUCUAAUGGACAAGUUCCAGUUGACAGGCGUUCUUCACAAAUGAUGGGCCUAUCAUUAAAUGAAGCAUUAAUGAGAGACACACUCCGUACCCAGAAUGACCAACAGCUUGUGGAUAUGAUGAGUCAAGAACGGUCUGGGGAUGAGUACUUCAACAAAUCAAUGAACACUUGUACACUUCAGUUUCACAACAAAGAUCUGGAGAGGAAAUAUCAGAACGAGGGACAAGAUUGCACUUUGCUUAAUCCAUCGGUAACAACAUUUGCAUCUCCGAGAGUUAACUUUUUCAUUGAUGUACUACUUUCAAACAUUAUUUAUCUCUUAAUUGUGGUUUUGGGCUUUACUCUCUACCGUCCUGUGCAACUAGCUGUUAUUAUUUUGUCGCCGAUCUCACUACUCAUAGAAGUAACACUGUUCUUUUUGACUGUUGCCCGUGCCUUUCCUCAUCUGUAUUCUGCCUGUGUGAACCGCGUAGUUGAAUGCAUAAGUGGUUGGUUUACCAGCCAUCUGAUUGGAGCACUUCUUCUGUGUCUUCCCAUGGGAACUCUUUUUGCUAAUUUCAUGAACUGCAGUGAGCUUGGUAUAGAUAAUGGCCAAGUGAGGGAUUUCUAUUCACUAAUCUUUGCCAUUGCAUUACUACAUUUCUGUAACUUCACUCAGCUGACGUCAUGGAUGAAGACAGGUCUGGCUGCCGUGUUUUCAGUUACUUACAUUACUUUGUUGUGUUUUGAUGACUUUUGUGCAUUUCAGCUACCUGAGGAAACUGCUUCUUUACGUCGACAAAUCAUUGUCUGUAUUGCGUUGUUGUUAGUGUUUGUGUGCAUACUAAACCGACAGUUAGAGAUGAGUGUGCGUCGAAAUUUCAGUGGAGAUGAAGAAGCUGCAAAAGACAAACGAAAAUCACAAACUCAUAAAGAGCAAGCUGCUUGGUUGCUUGAAAGUAUCUUUCCCAAGCAUGUUGCUGAUGCAUUGCGGACUUCGAGUCAUUACUCUCGCAAUUAUGAAAAUGUUGGGGUCAUUUUUGCAUCGAUCGUCAACUUUUCAGAUUUUUAUGAGGAGAAUUUCGAGGGUGGCAAAGAAUGUAUUAGAGUACUCAAUGAACUUGUUGGAGACUUUGAUGAUCUUCUUUCGGACAAGGUGCAGUUCAGCCAAGUUGAGAAAAUCAAGACGGUAAAUGGAUCUACUUUCAUGGCAGGAUCAGGGCUUUACCCAGAAGGUGUUGCUAAGAAAGAUGCGCAUCCUUACGACCACUUAAAGCAACUGGUAGAAUUUGCUCUCGGGAUGAUGAAGGUUGUUGACAGGUUCAACGAGCACAUGCUUGGAUUCAAAUUUGUAUUGAGGGUUGGAUUCAAUGCAGGACCACUCACGGCAGGAGUGAUUGGUUCAACAAAGCUGCUUUACGACAUAUGGGGGGACACUGUGAAUAUUGCUAGUAGAAUGGACUCUACGGGGGUGAAAGGUCGAAUUCAGGUCAGUGAGGCCUCUAAGGAACUGCUUGAUGAAUUCUUUACUUUUGAGCGGAGAGGAACAAUCCCUGUUAAAGGAAAGGGUCAUAUUACAACAUACCUCCUUACAGGAUGUAGAACGGUAUGUUCUCUUUAUAACAUACUGUAUAUCCUUGAAUAAUAGCCAUCCCUCACCUCCCUCAAAUAAUCCCCCCCACCCUUAGACAAAAAUAUACAAAAUAAUCGCCUUCUCUUGAAUAAUGAAAAUAAUAGUCACCUCGGGCUAUUAUUCUAGGAAUUACUGUAAAUAAUGAAUAUAUGUGUGAAAUCUAACAUUUCAUGUUCUAAAAUAAAGAAGACAAAAAUCGCCACACAAAAGCACUACUGGAGGGGUUUCUUUUGAAUGGCCACCUUGUGGGAUUUUGUCCAUGGAGUCUUGCCAUUUCAUGUCUUCAUAGUUUAUCUUCUAGUAAUUGAUAUUUAUAGGGCUAAAAGAACUAGAAUACAAAGUGAAAAAGCUCAAGUACAGGAAGUUUUAGGUCAUGCAGCCAAGGAUCAGAAUCAAAUCUGAACUUGUUGGUAAAUAAACCAUCCCAGAUCAGCCCACACGAAGUUUUUCGGUUGUGAUUGAUUAAUACAGUCUAUCAUUUAUUAGUGAAGAAUAAUAUUUAUUAGGGGACCAUUGGGGGGCUUAAUAGAGAGGGGGAGGGGCUUAUUUGAGAGGGGAGGCUUAAUAGAUAUGGUAACACUUUUUUCCCAGUAGGUCAAGUACAAUUGUUACUGUUAAGAACGUGCAUGCUUAAGUCUUAUGAACGGUCCUGACGGCAUAGUUUUAUCAUUUUAACUCUUGUUAUAAUGGAUAAUAAGCAUAAUGAUUUAGCACAAAGACUGCAGCAAGAUUUACAUUUUACGCCCUCUAUUUUUAUCAUUCAGUUUAUCUUUUUAGUUAGGUUAAAGAUGUUUCCUUCCUCAACCACGACCCAGAGCUAGAAAAAAAACUUCAAUUCAAGCUUGUCCUUUGGGCGAGCAGUUCUGACAUUUUGCUUGCCCAAGGUCACUUCUUGCUCAUCUUAGUAAAUGUUAAUGAUUUUGUCAGAGGUUGACUUUCUUGGACCCCUUGCCAUUGGGCAACAAAAACUUGAAAAGUUACUUGCCCAGGAAGAAAUCCUCUUGUCCCACACUAUCAAAUGAGGCAUUUUUCACGCCCUGCUAUCCCAGCCCAGUUAACCCUUUAAGCCCUAAUAUACGGGUACAAAUUCUCCAAAGUUAUCUACAUACAUUUCCUAUAAGAAUUAGUUGAGAGAAUUUAAUGAAAGAUCAAGGGAUUUUCUCUUUAGUGAUCAUUUUAUUAAUUCUCAUAACCUUAGCUCUUGAAAAUGUGUGGAUAAUGUUAGGAGAAAUUUUAUGUUGGUCACUAUUGGAACUUAAAGGGUUAAAACAGUUUACAGCAGUGGCAGGAUAACCAGAGAACUAGGUGGCAAGGACCUAAAACCAUCCACAUUUUGUCUUCUAGGAUUCGACAAGUGAAUGUGAAACAGGCAACAGUGAUGGAAUCAGGGUUUGUUUUUUUCCUUAUCAUGUGUGAAACAAUUUGCAUUGUUUGUAGGGCAUGGGCUGGGGGGAAGGGAGUGGUGGAAUUUGAAACCUGUGAAAACUGAAUCGUUGAGAAAGUUGAGGGCUUGACUCCAGUCAGGAACUUAGCUAUGCUGCCCCUUACUGGUAAUGUUACAAUUUGUUUUGUUAAUGGAAAAUUCUUCCUAAUAACAGGGUGUGUUUGUACAGUUUUUUAUUAUGUGGAACAUGCAGAUCCAUGCAAGGGAAAAUUAGGGUGUGGUUAUCUUAAACUCUUUUCCUGGAUUUUGUCUGCUUUUCCUAAGAUUUACAGUUCAACUGCUGUAACCCUGGGGGAGGGCACUCCCGCAUAAUAGUGUUGGGGAUGCUCAUCGGAAAACUUAAAUUAAACCCCUUAGGGAGACCAAAUUAAAAUAAUAAUUAACAUUAAAUUAACCCCCAUGGGUGUGGCUCACACUUAAACUGACUCCUAAAGGAGACCAUACUAGAACAGACAUCAAAAUUAGAGCUAGCGGGGUGUUAUGGUGGUUACGAUGUUAACGUAGAAUGGGUUCAUCAGAUAUCUGUGUGGUCAGUGUCAGGGCAUUUUUUUCCUGUAAAUUUCUUUGUGCACAGCCGUAAGCGAUACCUGAAUGGGCAAAUAUAGUGACUUUCUGUCCCACACAUUCUAAAUGAGACAAAAAUCUGCAAUUUGCACUCCUAAGCGAGACGAUGAGCGUACCCUCCACUGUUAUAUUUGGUCCUUCCCCUGGGGCCAUUACCAGGACUACUGAUUGGCUCAAACAAACUUUCUCAGAAUGUAUUGUUAUUUUCCUUUGAUCUGAUUGGUCCUGGUUGUAGUAGUCAUGCCGUAAAUUUUCAGAUCAAUUUAGGUUUCUGGGAAACUGCCCACCUACCCCUCCCCUAAGCUAACAUUAACACUUACUUCUCAGUUAGGGCAAAAUUUUGGCUUUGGGUAGGGGUAGGUGGGCAGUUUUCCAGAAUCCUUAUUUGAUCCAAAUUUUCCACAUAGUUGUUUUAUUGCUAAUGAGGAUCCUGUUGUUUUUCUUAUCUCAGUAAGAAGGGUAAGACUUCUGUGCCCCAAAAACAGGGGUACUGUUUGUCAAGGACAUAUUGCUUCAUGUGAACAAUAAUAGUGUUGAUGAUUUAAGAGGAACACGUCCACUUUGGUGCUUGUCCUUUAUUUUCAAAGAAGAAGAAAACUGGGGUUUAAACAGCAAACUUAACCCAUCACACCACUCCUUAAUUUAUCCUCGGCCACAAGGGUGGGAGUUGACCCUUCCCUCUCCCCCCCGCCCCCUUCCCCCCUCCCAUUCCCACUGAAAAAAUGUAAUUGCCAACAGGUUUGCCUAAACCCUUUAUUGCAGAAACCAGAGAUGGGAGUGCUCUUCUUACAUGUUUAUUUUUGCUUUUCUUUGUCCAGGAAACAGUCAUCAACACGUGAGGCUAUAGCGGAAAAUACAUUACAGUAAUGUACAUUAUACACAUAUAUAUUGCAAGAUAACCAUAUGAAUCAUAUAAAAGAAUCUUUAGUUAGGAGAACUAGAUAAUACAGCUUGUUAAUACAGCUUUCACAGAGUGUAUAUUUAAAAGCAAAAAAAAUUGAAAGGUUAGAAUUUUAUUAGGAAUUGUAAGAAAAUGCCAUAGUAUUCUAUAGGAGAACUAGGUAAUUAUCUGUGAAAAAAAGUAGAAGGGUACAAUAUAGAACCAUGGAAGAAAUUUAGGAUUUAGAUUUGAUAAUAAUUUCAAGGUCACUAUGUACCUUUAGGCACAUGUCCAGUGUAUUAUAAACAGGUGUUGCAUUUUCUUUUCCCUCGCUGAAUUGGCUAGAUAAGAUUUUGGUGAUUCUUUCAUAAUGAUAAUGUGAAUUCUUGUAGUACCUUCAUUGAUUUUCGCAUGGUGAAUGACACCAGUUUUCCCGAGUUUCAAGCCACUAAAUGCCUUAUUUUUUUGUAUAUAAUUCGCGACUCCCACUUAGUGCAGAGCUGCAAAUAAGAGUUUCUCAUGGGACUAUGGCUGACUAAAAAUUGGAUUUCGUAGAUGUCUGUGGAAAUCCUACCUGUGGUCUGGCAUGAGGACUGGACAGAUCAAAUACUAAAGACUAUCAAUUUGAAGCUGAAGGUUUGCUUAGUACUUGUCCCAGAAAAAGUCAAUGUACUGUAUACCUGACAAAGUUGUUGGGUUAUCCAAUCCAAAUUGUGACCUGGUUGGUUUGUCCUUUUAACAAAAUAUUAUUUGCAGGCCUGUGGUGUAACAAAAGACAUUUUUGUGAAUUAUUUGAUUCUUUUUCUAUGGGUACAUGUCAAGUAAAUGAUCAAAGAUAGCUUUUUGCAUUUGUUGAACACCAUCAUUGUAGCUAUUCAGGUGAAGAAGAGUUGAGUUCUAGUCGGUCCUUAAUGCCAGAGGUCCUAGUGAUCCACCCUAAUCAUUUUACAAGGCCUUCAGUAAUCUCAUAGGACUUCCCAGUCUUAUUUUCAUGCCUAAAAGACUUAAAACCAGUAUGUGAGAUUUUCCUUUAUUAUGCAUUAAGCUGAAUGUUAUUUCCAAGUUUCAUUUUUAAAGUUGUUGUUGACUAGUCUCUUGCUAGCAGCACAGCAGUAUUUAUUUGGCGUUUGCUAUGUACCAUUUUGUACCUGUGUAUAUUUCUAUUUGAUUCUGUUGCUCUGAAGAAUACUGCCCGAAAUCAACUCUAAGUUUAUCCAGACUUUGAGAGUAAUGUAAUGUUAUCAUUUCUCACGCACAACUGGGAGCAAAGAUAAGACUUAGUGCUUACCCUGACCAACACAAAGUCUUACAACAAUAAUAUAAGCAACUAAGGAACAAUAUUAAAAAAUAACACCAAAAAAAAAACAGAAAAGCAAGGCUCAUUCUCGAUACAUCGAAUGAAGGCAACUUCUUGUGUCACACUUGUAGGGAAGGACUGUAGGAUCAGUAAAUAGAGAGCUUAUGCAAGCAUUAUGAGGAUGAAAAAACAUUCUUUAUGGUCAAAACUAUUCUGUUUCAUGUGCACACAUUGAAUGUUUUGAGGGGAAACAUACACUAGCGCUCAGAUUCCGAUAUAAAUGUGGAAAAAGUUUUUUGCUUUGGCAUUCUUCGUCCAGUAGAUAACUGUAAAUACAAGUCCAAACAAGAUUGAAACUUGCUGACACUCUUGUCCACUUCAUACAGUGUUCACCGAUUACACAUUUAAGUGCAAUUUAUUGUUAUUCUGAAAUGAUAAACUACUGAGUGCUUUGCCUGUACAGGUUGGCUCACUGAGGGGUACACAUGUCCUUAGUUUGAAUUUGGAUAUCUGUUAUUUUGUGUAUUUGAAGGAGAAGCUACAUCAGGGUUGUCAGAAAGUUUUUAAGUAGACGGCUGAGUUGUCAAAGUAAGCGCCAGUCCAGGGAUAAUUUAUUUUAAAAACUCCAUCCAUAAAGAAAUGCUAAGCAGAGAAGCCAGCUGAUACUAACCAAGUAGGCGACAUCCCUGUCAUUAUUGUAUUGCUCUUUUAUUUUGUUGCUGUCUCAGUCUGACUGAGCUCACUAUUGAGUUUUUGUUGGUAUUCCUUAUGUCAUGAGUCGCUGUCUCAAGGCCAUGGCGCUUAUUGGAAGUUUACCUUAACAGUGCCGCAGUAUUUCUCAGUGUGUUAAAAAUUUAAUUUGCUUGCUCAUUGAUGGCUGUCUUUCAUUUGUAAAUUUGUUUUGUUUUUUUGACAAAAUAAUGUGAUCCUCAAAACUGUUAUUAUAAUUUUAAAAAUCUCGCAGAUGCGUUUUACAAUGUCACCUCAAAAUGCACAUAACUGUACCCUGCUAGCAGAGUAGCUUCAAUCUUUCUUAGAUUAGUCAGGAAGGAGGAAGUUCAUUUAAGAAAUAUUCAAGCUAACUCUGUUAGCAGGGUAAAAUGCUCAUUGUAGAAAAAGUGACUUGCUUCAGUGGAGUGAAGAUUUGGAAUUCAUUUAAUGUUUGGAAGAUGAAAAAAAGAAAUUGACAAAUUUUGAGCAUUCACUGACAGCAAGCAUGCAGUGACUUAAAACUAAGGCCAUUGCAAUAACAAAAUAAUAAAAUGUUUUAGUGCCAUUUUAAUAAUAUUGAAACAUUGUAUUAAUAUUAAUUGAAAUCUGGGAAAUAUGCAAUUUGUCAAUAACAUUGUUAAAUAGGAGGUGUAUAAAACAAAACUCAGGGCUCACAUUUAUUGAGUUUUCUGAAAUUUCUCACUGUUGAGAAAAGCAAUUCAGCAAUAAGGUUAACUCUGGUUAACGUCAAUUGAGAAUAUUCCAUAUUUAAUUUGAUAGAAUCCUGAACAAUAAAUAAUACUAUGCAAUCAUUUUUAUUUGAAUGGACACAUCAUAGGAUUUCAGCCGGGCUCAAAAGAUAUUAUUACACCAUGACAUAAGUGUCUAUAAAUAAUUAUAGAAUAAAAGAAUUAACAAUGGAUUAUCUUUUCUCAGAUAGAAAAGCUAGAAUUACAUUUAUUAUGAAACUUAAACAAGCUAAUUAAAGUACUGUUCAGUACAUUUCUUCUUGUGAAGAUAGUUGCAAUUAGCUUUGGUUUAGAGUUAGGAUAUCAGACAAACAAAUGUAUUGGUCAUGUCAUUCAUUCUGGUUUUCAUUUACAGACUUCAAGGUUAGAACUACAGUGUGCCGUAUUUUCAAUGUUACCAUGGAAAUAUUAUUAGCUUUCCUUUGAAUGGUCACACUAGAAUGUCAUGUAAGGGUAUCUAGUCACUGUUCCAUGGUUACAUUGCAAGUCAGAUUGUUGCAUGUUGUUGUGACCUUGUUUCAUAAAAUUAAAAGCCUGUUCAUUCAUAUUAACAUUGUCGGAGAACCUAAGCGACAAGACCCCAAAGCAUUAUGGGAAGUUUCAUUAAGAAAUUUCCAACCUCUGCACAAUUCUACAAUUAAAAAAACAUCAAAGGUUAACUCUUGUUAGGUUCUAUACCAUACUUCUGUUGCACUGACAACUGUGAAGUUAUGAACAAAUUUUGAGGAAUUGACAGCUACCCACAUGAUCUUGCAGUCUUGUUGUGUAGGUGUGAGGCCUUAAUAUCUGACAAUGUUAAUUAAAAUAGCUGUCAUAGGAAUACUGUCUCCUACCAGUUAUUUAUAUCAACUGCCAUGGAACUUUAGUCUGACUUAGUGUUAAUUGACCUGAUGUUAACUUUUCCCGGCAAUUUGCUGAAUACAAAUUCAAUAAAUCUGACCAUUAUAACAGCAAGCAAACCCCCGUAACCUUUUGAUAAAAGUUGAUCAGUUUGAAUGAGGAAAGUUUAAAGAAAAUUCUAAGAGGAAAGAGAUGGAUUGUGUUGAAAGUUUUAUGCAAUUUUUUGGUUCCUAACUAGUCACAAUUUUGGCACUUUCCAUCACCCCUUGCACUAUUUCAGAGUACACAAGCCUGCACCAUGCUCUCAGCCAGUGGAGUGAGCAAAAAACUGUGGAGGAGAGAGGAUGAGUGCCUGUAAGCAUCUUUUUAGAAUACCUUGGUCCACCCACUACCCUGCCCCACUUCCAGAAAAACUGUCUUGUGUCAAACAGUGUGUUUGUCGGACUCUUUGCGCACAGCAAAGUGACUGAUGCAAGUGUUUAAGUUAACUGUCAAGGUUGACCAGUCAAAGGGUAUACUGGGCGUUAUUACACUGGAAUGAGGUAUUGAAAACCAUGCUUACAGGAGCCACUUCUCCAUCUGUCUCCAGCCCCCACAUGGCUUAAGAAACCUAAGAGCAGCCAACUGGGGACCAGGGUAUUUGAUGGUGGGUUUUGAAUACAAGUAGGAAAGGAGAGAUCUGGGGCAUUUAGUCUGAUUCUCAGACGGUUGGAACCCAUGACUCUGCAGGUCGCUCUCAGUUACUCGGCAGCUUGGAACCUGGAUCCUCUGAGAAUCAGGCUACUUGGCAAUUAGUUCAAGAGGGAUAUGAAAUGCCGCUGCUCAUUGGUCAGUUUCUGGUCAAUCAGAAGAGGUAUAUUGCCAAGGUUUUCGGAAUCGGGCAUUUGGCUGGGAUUCGAUUUGCAAAGCUCACAUUAUGAUUUGCAAUUGGUCUCUGGUACUGGCAUCUUUGCCUCCUCCCAAGAUCUUACUGUCAGCCACUUCUGGAGAUAUCUUAGAAGGAGAGAGAGAGGAGAACUUAGGUCACCAGUUGCAUUCCCCAAGGAGUGAUAGUGGUGAAUGUUCUUGCCCUUGCCCUACACAGUUAACAGCUGGUAUAUACUGUGGACAGUAUGAUUGGAAAACUCUGGACAAUCAGGCUUUGCAGUCACUGGGCUGGGAGAGGAAUGGGACAACAGGCUUGCAAUAG